CCUACGCGACCGCCGCAAAGCACGCUGGGAAUUGUGAGCGAUCUUGGCGGGCAGGAUCCGGCGCAGGAGCGGUGCGACAUGGACGUCGCGCAACAGCAGGUACCACUACGAGCCAUUCAAAAUGCACUUCCUCUUCAAGCAAGGUUGCCGAAAGGACCAUGGACAAAGCAGUUGAAAGACGUGCCGGAUGGUUUCUCGGAGCAAGAAAUCUUGGCACAUCAGAAUGCACAUGGUGCUCAGAAGCAUACUGUAAGCGGAUACAGGAUGUUUAAAGCAGAUAAGGUUCACAAUGUUCUUAUUUGCAAGGCUGACAGUUCCACUUUUCUUAAAGCAACCGUGGAGGCAUCGUUCUCUUUGGCAAAAUUAUAUAACACUGGUGUUGUGCUCUCCUCAAAGGGAACUGUGGUUGAAGGAACCUGCAACUGCCGGGCUGGAGCUGCAGGUGUUUGUAAACAUGUAGUUGCCUUACUAUGGUUUGUACUAGACCUGAAGCGCUCUGGGGCAGCCUACGUGCGAGACACACAGUCGUGUGCAGACAAACCCAGAGCAUGGGGUACUGGGGCUAAGAAGGCCAACAUGCACUCACGCGAGUUCUCACAACUACGUUUUGUGAAACAUAUGCCAAUGAAAGCUGGCAGGCAUCUGACUCAUGAAACCACAGUUUCUCUGACAGUGACAGAAGACCAUAUUAAGAGAAUGUAUCAGACACAGAAAAAUAUUCCAAACGCCAUGCUAUGCAAGACGCUGGAGGACAACCACUUUCUGCCCGUACCAGUGAAAAGAGCACUUCACGAGGAUGCUCUUAGCCAGAUGCCAAUCAGGUUACCGGUGCAAGCCCUGUGGGUUGAGCAUGUGCCAGCUGGGUAUAAGUUCGGCUCCUGUGAGCUUACUUUAGAAGACUCAUGGGCCCUUGAGCAAGCGACUAGGAUGCAGAGCGGCUCUACAACAUGGAGCUUCGAGAGAUGCAAGCGCCUGACUGCUUCACACUUCGGAGAUGUGGUGUCACGGAAGAAGCCAGCUGACGAGAAGUUUUUCAAGAGGCUGUUUGCGUCUAGCCAGAUGCAGACCAAAUACAUGGCUGAUGGUUUAAGGAAUGAAGCUGCAGCCGUGCAGCGUUACAUAGAGAAGAGAGAGGUCCCAGUUAGGAUUUACUGUUGUGGGUUGUGCGUCAACCCUGGUGUCCCUGUUCUUGGUGCAACGCCAGACCGUGUUGUAGAGGAGGGAGGAGAUUUUGGUCUCCUUGAAGUUAAGACCCUCUCAGCUGCCAAGGAACGGGGUGAUGAAUUAGAAAAUGCUGUGAAUACGGCAUCCUACCUGAAGAAUGGAGUUCUUAAACCGACCCACAAGUACUUUUACCAGGUCCAGGGGCAAAUGGCUUUGACUGGACUCUCCUGGUGUGACUUUGUGGUUGAUAAUGGCACAAACUGCACUCUUCAAAGGAUCACUUUUGACAGCUCGCUUUGGAUUUCCCAAAUGCUGCCACGGCUUCUGGAAUGUUUCAAGAACUACCAAGAGCACUGUGCUUGUGUGUGAAUUUCAACGACUUAUUUAAGUCACAUUGGUCUGCAGGACAAAGAUGCUCGGACUCAUAACAUGUUUUGGCAUGUGUUCAUACUUGCAAAUAUUUGGUUUUUAAAUAUGUUGUAUUGCAUUAGUCUCCAUGAAGAAAUGAAGAAAAGGUUUUUCUGUGUAAUAUCGUUAUGGCCAUGCGUAUGUGUUGCCACCACCUAUUUAAAUGUGUG